AUGAGUGUUAUUCGUGUACGAUUUGCUCCAAGUCCAACUGGUCAAUUACAUUUUGGUGGUUUACGUACAGCUUUAUACAACUAUUUGUUUGCACGUUCAACAAAUGGGAAAUUUUUAUUAAGAAUUGAAGAUACCGAUCGUGAACGAACAGUACCAGGUUGUAAAGAACAUUUACAACAGUUACUGGAAUGGACGGGAUUAAAACCAGAUGAAAAACCCUGUAUACAAUCAGAAAGAGUCCAUUUAUAUCAACAAUGUUUGAAUGAUUUAUUUCAGAAAAAAAAUUCAAAUGAAUAUAUUUAUCCAUGUUAUUGUCCAAUAGAAAGAUUAAAAUUAUUAAGACACGAAGCGAAAAGACAAAAUCAACCAUACAGAUAUGAUCAAAAAUGUAGACAAUUGACAACUAAACAAAAAGAUGAAUAUAAACGACAAGGUGUUCCCAGUGUUGUUCGUUUUAUAUUACCACCGGAUGAAAGUCAAGUAUACGAUGAUCUAAUAUUUGGUCAACAUGAACAUAAUCCAUAUCAUACCGAAGGUGAUUUUAUCAUAAUGAAAGCAGAUGGUUAUCCUACCUAUCAUUUUGCUAAUGUUAUUGAUGAUCAUCUAAUGGCUAUAACACAUGUAUUUCGUGGUCAUGAAUGGCAAACAUCAACAUCAAAGCAUUUAUUAUUAUACAAAGCAUUUGAUUGGCAACCACCAAAAUAUGGCCAUUUGCCUUUAAUUGAACGUGAAAAAGGUAGAAAAUUAUCAAAACGUGCUGAAGAAAAUUAUCAAAAUCCAAUUGAAAUUGAAUAUUAUAGAAAGAAUGAUUUUAUUCCUGAUGGUCUACUCAAUUUUAUAACAUUAACCGGUGGGGGAUUUCGAACAGAUACAACAAUCGGAAAAACAUUAGAAGAAAUGAUUGAAACAUUUGAUCAUACAUUAUUGACUCGGCAUGCAGCUAUAUUAGAUUUUAAAAAAUUAGAUGUAUGUCAACGAGCACAUUUGAAACGUAGAUACAAACAAGAUCGAAUAGGUGUCAUUGAAAAAUUACGUCAAAAAGUAAUGAAAUAUUAUCCAGAUAAAAAACGUGGUACAUCACUACAAUUAGAAACAUCGUAUCUAGAACGUAUUCUUGAUCUUGAUGAAUUUCGUAUUGCUACAUUGGAAAAUUUAUUCAACAAUGAUUUGUAUGAGUAUCUAUGGACUGAACCGGUGUUAAAUAUAUCCAAAGAUGAUGAUAUAGAACAACUACGUUUUAUUAUUGAAUCUUCAUUAAAAUAUAAGAACAUUGGUACGUAUGAGACUGCAAAACAAAUUAUCAACGAUUAUAAAAAUUUGAACAGUAAAGAUAAACUGACAAAUAAAGAAAUAUUUAAAGUAUGGAGGCUUACUAUUUGUGGAUGUAUCAAAGGACCACCAAUUUUGGAUAUUGUAAAUUUUUUUGGUACAGAUAUUGUACAAAAAAGAUGUGAAAGGGCUCUGGAUGCAUUGAAUAAAAAUGAAAAAUUGUGUGAAAGUGUUACACAGCAGUAG